CCGACUGAGGAUAAGUUUCGUCUCACAGUCCAGCAGGCAAAAAAGCAGUUGCUCAACACAAUCAAACACACCCAAUUCUCUUUGAAUCCAAUUCAAGAAAGCAAGAUAAAGAAAGAAAAAUGCCAAGUGAAGGCACAGCUACUUGCAUAGAUAUCCUCUUGGCUGUUAUCUUGCCUCCUCUUGGCGUCUUCCUUAAGUUUGGUUGCAAGGCGGAGUUUUGGAUCUGUUUGCUUCUGACCAUUUUGGGAUAUAUUCCUGGGAUUAUCUAUGCUGUCUAUGCAAUCACCAAGUGAUCUUCCAUCUACGGUGGAAAGCUACAUAACCAUUUGAUUUGAUGGAGGGGUCUGUUUUGGUGAAGUCAGAUGUAUCAUUCUAAUUGUGUGUGUGUGUUUACGUGUUUGUCUUCUAUGAAGAUUUCCAUUUCAUUUUUUAAUUUUCUGUAGUUAAAAAAAAAUUAGCCAUUGAGUUGGGUUUGUGAGUAGAAACAAUGGCUUGUCAAUUAUCAUUUUAGUUUAUCUUUGAACUUGAAAUUUGUUUUAAUUUUAAAUGUGAUUGUAUAAUUAUUGUCUACCUAUUUAUCUUCUUGAUUGUUCAUUAUUAUUAUGAAGCAAAAACAGCAUAUCCCCUGAGGAUUCUGAA